AUGGGUAUCUUGACUCAGCUCGUUGAUCACUCUGAAUACAAGGUUCUUUAUGACUACUCUCUUCUCUGCACCACUAUUGCAGUGCUUUUUUUAGGCGUUUUCCUUCUCUGGAUGAAGGAGUGGUCAAUUCAUGCUCCUACAAAACUUCCAAUUGUCGGAAUUGAAUCCUCAGGAUACUUUGCACUGAUCAAGGCAAGACGGAAGUUUGUUUCUGAUGGGUUCCAUAUGGUGAAGGAUGCUUAUUAAAAGGUUGGUCUACAGAUAGAUUUCUCAAUUGCUAGAGGCCAUCUAGCUUAAAAUAAGCCAAGUACUAUGGGGAAACAAGAUUCUAACAAUAUAUAAUCAUUCUAGUACCGUGGAAAAGGUUUUGUUAUUACAACAAACAGCUACUACAAGGUGGUUCUUACGCACGACCAAGUAAAGGAGCUCUCUAACGCACCGGAAGACACUGUGAGCUUUAUUCAUGCUUCCGCCGAGGUAGGCAUCCCAUUGCUCUGACUAUUACCCCGUAAUAUUAUUAGUACUAAUUGUGCGCCUUGAUAAAGACCAUGAUGGCGGAAUAUACCGGCUUGCGUCAAUUCUCGGUAGACCAGUAUAUUCCGGAUGUGUUGAGAGCCAAACUCACCCAAAAUCUAGGUAAUGAACUCCUUAAAAAAUUUGAAUGAGAAAGCAUUCCCAUAGCUAUACAAAGGCAUCGAAAACAUUUUCCGCCAGCUAUAGCAUCCAAUAUAGGAGGGAGGAGGGAACUAGGUCCCUGCUCGUAUUCUCCUCUAACCACAAGCUUUUCAGCUGGUAUUUUAAGUUCAGAUGGGCUAAUGGAAAUUCAAUCGACAGGAAACAUGAAAGAGGCACUACUAGACGAAACAGGAUUCGCUCUGAACAGUGAGAUACCAGGAUCAGCUAUUGAUGAUGGUCAGGAUUUCCAUCGAACCUAUUUUGGCGUUUCUAUAGUAGGUGCUAAUAAAGUUAAUUCCAACAGAAUGGGUACCAGUUAACGUUUUCACAACAAUCCUGAGGAUAAUCGGUCGCAUCAAUGGCAGGGUUUUCAUCGGCCUUCCUUUAUGCCGAAAUGAGGAUUGGUUGACCAUCUCGAUCACCUUCACCGGAAUUGUUUUCAGGGCGAUAGAGAAGCUCGCCGGUGUGCCGAAAUUGAUUCGACCGCUCUAUUCCUAUACGAGGAAUUUGGUAAAGGAUAUCAACUUGCAUAAGAGAAAGGCACGGUCCCUCCUGUCUCCGGUUAUCCAGAAGCGUCUUGAUGAAGAGACCCUUGCGAAAAAGAACGGAAGAGCCUAUGAGAAACACAAUGACAUUCUUCAAUGGUUCACAGAUCGCGUUAACCCGGAACAUAAGACCGUUGAAGCCCUGACCGAAACACAGCUGCAUCUUAAUAUGGCAUCGGUUCAUACAACAGCCAUUUACUUCCUCAACGCGAUUUUGGACCUCGCCGAGCAUCAGGAGUGCAUGCAACCAAUCCGUGAGGAGAUGGAGGCUGUAAUUUCUGCGAACGGGGGAGAGUUGGACAGGACUACUUUGCGCAAUAUGAGAAAAACAGAUAGCUUUUUCAGAGAAGCUAUGAGGGGAAAGUUUGCCCUCUGUAAGCACAUCAAUACCCUCCGGCUUAAGCACUGUUCCUAAUUCUUCGUCAAGUCACGUUCAAUCGUAAGGUUAUGAAAAACCUUACUCUAUCCGAUGGUACCUACUUCCCGAAAGGCACCCUGCUUGCCGCUCCAUCCGCAAUGUUCUCCACCAACCCAGAGUUUAUUGAGAACCCCGACACAUUCGAUGGGUUCCGUUGGUACAAAAAGUCUCUUGAAGCCGAGGAUAGAGGUGCCGAUAACAAGAACAACUAGGGGACUACCGCUUCUUACGACCUCACCUUCAGUCACAGGAAGCACGCGUGCCCUGGCCGCUACUACGCUAUCGAGGAGAUGAAGCUCAUGCUUACUUUCAUCCUCUUGCAGUACGAUAUCAAGUACCCUGAGGGCCAAUCUCGCCCUGUAAACUUUGACAGGGGGGAGUAUUCUUAUCCUAACAGGGCCCAGGAACUGCUUUUCAAGAAGCUUCCGGGCCCGAAGAAAUUUUCCUUUUUG